CGUGCGAUUGGCCUCACACCGUCUGGUACGCGCGCUUGGGAAUAGCCUCAUUUGUCAAGCAGCUUGCUCGCCUACAUCGCAUCUUUUCUGACGAUCGUGUCCCACAGAAGCGCGACUUCCCCCAAGAGAACUCCAGCGAAUUACAGUGGCCAUUCUAGAAUGACCUGGCAUCUGCAUCAAAUGCUCCUUCCACCUUCUUCGUCCUUCGCAUCACAGGUGAAAGACAAGGUAAUUUGUGAAGCAAACAAUGCUCCCACUCAAAUAUAAAUCUGGGUGUGAUGUCUCCCUUUUCAUAUUGUCGAUUCUCUGUUCAGCAGAUCAAGAUCAUCCAGCAAGCGAAGUAAUCACUCUGAACACUCUCAACAGCAUCUACUACACUCAGCAAACGCACAGAUACCUCCGUCGCCACUCUUUUAACACACCUAAAGUCAAAAAUGGCGCUCUUCCCUCGUGGCUUCUACGGCUCCUACGGCUCUGACCCGAGCUUCACCAACCUCUUUCGCCUUCUCGAUGACUUUGAUACCUACACUCGCGAGGUUCAAGGCAGCGCCCCAGAGACCGGCAGCCGUCGUCAUACCCAGCCCACCCGCACCUUCAGUCCCAAGUUCGAUGUCCGCGAGACCGAGCAGACAUACGAGCUACACGGCGAGCUUCCCGGCAUUGAUCGUGACAAUGUGCAAAUCGAGUUCACCGACCCUCAGACCAUUGUGAUCCGGGGCCGUGUUGAGCGCAACUACACUGCCGGCACCCCUCCCGCACAGGUUGCUGGCGUCCUCACAGAAAAGGGCGAGCCGCAUAGCCCUGCUGCUCACCACGCCACCGUUGAAGACGACGUCGACGAGGACAACCGCUCGGUUGCCACCACUGCUACCGGCGCCAACAACCAGAACAAUCAGCAAGUCGCCCAACGCGCAAGCGCACCCACCACCGAGGAAAAGCCAAAGGCGCCAGCCGAAAAGUACUGGGUCUCUGAGCGCUCCAUUGGCGAGUUCUCGCGGACUUUCAACUUCCCCGGUCGUGUCGACCAAAACGCAGUCAGCGCCUCUCUCAACAACGGCAUCCUCACCAUCACGGUUCCCAAGGCCAAGAAGCACGAAACCAUUCGCAUUGCUAUUAACUAAACACGAUGAACGGUCUUCUUGUCUGUGAUAAGGUUCGGAAGAAUUCUUGGAAGGAGAGUCGGUGUGUUAACAGCAUGACAACGGAGCAUUUACUUCAUUUAGCAUCGCAUUGGUAUGACGGCCUGGUUUGGUUGAUUUGGAGCACAGCUGUGAACGAAUACGAAUGAGUCUUGUUGUCAUGGUCUGUUUGCUUGUUGGCAUUGCAGUUGGGGAUAAUUGGCGGAUCUUACUAUUCGAGACAGAUUUGGAGGAUGAGCAAGGCGCUGGGCGAGUUUGCGGAUCAUCAGCUUCCAGCGUCGGCAGUUGAUUCAAACAGGCAAUGUAAUACAGAGGAUCCUUUAUAAUAACUAAAGUUGCGUUCUUGAACACAACUACCCCAGUUCGUACUUGGUG